AUCAUGUAAAUUAUCCGUAAAGAGUAACAACGUAUGUUCUUUUGGUGAAAACGUAUGUUCUUUUGUCACCGAUUAAAAUUAUUAUUUACGCCUGGUAGCAAUAUAAAGAGGAAAAUGAGCACUUUAGUCUCCAUUGUCAACCCUUGCACAGGCAAACUGGAUUGGAAAUUACAAGAUGACAGUUAUGAUUACCACCAAGAAAUUGCAAGGUCUGGAUAUGCUGACAUGCUCCAUGAUACAGAAAGGAACAAAAAAUACUAUGCUGCAUUAGAGGAGGCUAUCCAAAUAAAAAGACACCUAGGAGAACCAGUUCACGUACUAGAUAUUGGGACUGGUACUGGUCUCCUCUCCAUGAUGGCGGCUAAGCUUGGAGCUGACUCUGUGACCGCCUGUGAGGCAUUUGAACCCAUGGCAAAAUGUGCCAAAAAGAUCAUCCAGCAGAAUGGAUUCGAAAAUAAGAUCAGGUUAAUUCCAAAGCGAUCAACAGAUGUCACAGUUGGUGCAGAUGGGGACAUGCUAGAGAGAGCUAAUAUACUGGUUACAGAAGUAUUUGAUACUGAACUGAUUGGAGAAGGGGCCAUCAACACAUUUACUCAUGCACACAAAGAACUUCUGAAGAAGAACUGUAUAGUUGUCCCAACCGAUGCCAACAUGUAUGUGCAGGUGGUCAGCUCAGACUUUAUCCGGAGAUGGAGGGACAUUAGACCCGUAAAGAUACCAGGUUGCGAGGACAUUGUCCCUCCUCCAGAGAUGACCAGCUGUGGAGGAGCACCUGCUCUACAUGACCUUCAACUUCAUGAGCUCCCACAAUCCCUCUUUCAAGUCCUUUCUUCACCUAUGAAGGUUUUUAGAUUUGAUUUUAGUGGAAAUUCUCCUCUGAAAUUCGAAAACCAGUCUGAAAAGACAUUUGAGGCAUUAUGUGAUGGACAAACAGAUGGAGUUUUGAUGUGGUGGGAUCUAGAAAUGGAUACCAAGAACAAAAUCAACUUGAGCUGUGCUCCUGGUUGGGCCCAUCCAAGGCCUGAGGAAUUACAGUGGCGGGACCAUUGGAUGCAGGCCAUCUUCUACCCAAAUCAGCCUCUUUCAGUGCAGAAAGGUGAAAAUGUGAAGGUCAUAAGCAACCAUGAUGAAUACAGUUUGUGGUUUAAUGUGCAGUCAAAAAACAGAAACAGCAAUUUAAACAUGGGACCAGCAUGUACCUGUGGAAUGCAUGUCACCUAUAGCAGGUCACAGAUAGGAAUGUUGAAUGAUCCUCAUCGGAAAGAUAUCUACUACAAUCUCUUAAAACAGAAUGUAACAACAGACUCAGUUAUCAUGACCAUAUCUGACGGCAGCCUUCUACCAUUGAUAGCAGCUAGACUUGGGGCCAAAAAAGUAUUCGCUUUGGAGACAAACAGUCUAACAAGAAGGAUCCUGCAGCAGUUUAUAAAGCACAAUGGCCUUGAGGACAGGGUCACAGUUCUAAGUAAAGAGCCUGAGGAAAUUACAGAGGAGGAUCUAGAAAAUUGCAAGAUUGAUUUAGUGGUAGGAGACCCAUAUUUCCAAUCAGCUGUGUUGCCAUGGCAUCAUGUUCAUUUCUGGUAUGCUGCUAAGCAGCUCUCCAAAUUCCAUUCUGUUAAAGCACUGGAGUUACCACGGCAACUGACAAUUAAAGCAAUGGCUGUCUGUUUCCAAGAUCUGUGGAAGAUUAGAUCACCGGUGGGACUGUGUGAGGGAUUCAACAUACAACUUUUUGAUGAAAUGGUUGAGGCCUCUGCUGAGGUUUCAGACAGUGAAAUAGAACCCCAGCCCCUGUGGGAGUACCCCUGUACGGCUUGUAGUGACCCUGUCACGGUUCAGUCAUUCAGAUUCAGUGAAGUAUCAACGAUGACCUACGAAUCCCAGUACUCUGACAUCUCUAUCAGACUGGACACUUCACGACGUGGGAAGUGCAAUGGGAUUGUAUUGUGGGCAGAAUACCAGUUUACAGAUGAACUUACAAUUUCUCUGGGACCAAGAGAAAAAGUCAUUGUGGGUGAAAAAGUUGAAUGGGACUUCUAUAGUAAACAGGGUGUUCAUCUCCUGAUGAAUAAAGGGAAAAGUCUGAUAGAAAAUAUAGAGACCAUAAAUGUAUCAUUGACUUUUGUACCCAUAAAUGCGGAUUUUGACUUCACUUUCAAGACAGUAAAAUCAUGAGAGUCCAUCAUAAAUCUUACUUGAACAUGUGUCCUGUGUAAAAUUUAAAUUAAUAUGUCAAUUAUU